ACCGACAAACGCCACGAGCGGGUGUUCGAGCGGCUGAUUCGGCACGGCGCUGACGUCAACCUGCAGGACAUCAAAGGCUACACCGCGCUGAUGGGCGCCGCCUACAGUGGCCACCUCGCCGUCGUGCUCCGCUUGCUUCGGGCUGGCGCAGAUGCAAAGGCUCGCUCUGCGGCCGGCAUGACGGCGCUGCAGAUCGCCAAGGAGGCGGCCAAGGUGCUAGCUACUGCCGACGCCGCCAGUGCUCCUGAAAUAGACCAGGCCGGGUGCGUGCGCGCUCUCACAGAGCACGCAGCGGCGCUGAGGGAGGCGCAGGCGGCGGAGAAGGCGGCCGAAAAGGCGCUCGAGGUCAAGGGGCGGCGCGAGCAGCGCGAGCGGGAGGCGGCGGCGGCGGCGCGAGAGCGGGAGCGGGCAGCACGACAGCGCGAGGCAGAGCGAGCGGCGGACGAGGCGCGCCGGGCAGCGGACGCUGCGGCGCUGGAGGAGCAGAGGCGAGCCAUUGCGGCGGAGGCGGAGGCGAAGCUGGCCGCUGAGCGCGCGGCAGCAGAGGAGACGCUGCGGGCGAGGAAGACAGAGAGGCUUGCGGCGGAGGAGGCGCAGCGAGAGGAGCAGCGGGCGGCCGCGGCGGAGCGCAAGGCCGCUCAGGCAGAGGCGGCGCGGCGCGAGAAGGAGGCUGCGGAUAGGAGGGCGGAGGAGGAGAAGGCGAGGCGGCGCGCAAAGGCGGCG